UGCAUUUAUGUUGGUGUGCCUCUGCUUUACAAGUUGGAUGUUGCAGAUUCUUCUACAUUGCCCUAUGGCUGGAGUCGCUAUGCACAAUUCAGCUUGGCUGUGGUGAAUCAAAUUCACAACAAGUACUCAAUCAGAAAAGGCACCUCGAAGAGAAGAUGAAGAAGACAACAAAGUUAAAAUCAAAGGGGUCUUGCAAAAAAUGCACGAGGAAUACCCAGUUCUGUUCUGUACCGUUCUGAGAAGCUGGAACAGAAGAGGACCAUGGAAAAGCAAGGGGACAAGAACAAGAUGAAGCAUGUUGUGGACAGCGGGGUAAUGACAAGAUCAAAGGCGCGGUCGUCCGAUUUAAUGGAGCUGGAGAAGGAUGUAUCUCCGGUAAAGAAAGCUAGAACUGAAGACGGUGCGAUCCCUCCAUUGACGCCGGGAUCAAAUAUGAUUGUUCUUGAUGGUCAAUCGAGGGGAGAUGGCAAUGCUUUAGUCUGGAAAAGUCGUACCAGAUUAUCUACCCUGCAAUUCACCGAUAAGGCAGAAACUAAGUUUAGGCUGCCUCACGCUGUCAACUACAGUGAGGAGGAAAUCAAACUUGCUCACUACAUCUUUGCAGCUGACCUUCCGCUAAAAGAGGUCCUAGUCGAUACCAUGAUGAAAUCCUAUACGCGAAAGGCGCUAUGGUCCCUCUGCCCUAACUCCAAUGUUGAUGCUGAUGUAAUUACAGCAAUGACUUGCCACUUGACCAUGGACGAGAUUACGAGAGAUGCUGGCCGUGGGAGAAGAGUAUGUUUUCUGCCUUCUGAACUGCAGGAAAUGGUACUUAACUAUGGCAUGACACCGAAAAAGGCUUUAGAGUGUUACGGUACAAAGUUUCUCACAACAGCUCACACCUGCAGAAAGUUGUGUCUGCCAAUGAAGGAUAUCAUGUAUGGUGAUGAAAUUCAUUGGUAUUUAGUAGUCAUCUUGAUGGAUGACAAGCAAGUU